AUGUCGGACAGGUCAUCUCUGGACUCUUCAACGACUCAUGUCGCCACAGAGGAGUAUCUAGCGCCUCGGGAAGAUUUUGGGCUGCCACCUGGCACGCCCAAUACUCUUGUCCCUGUUCAUUCUGGACACGGCCAUGUUCCAGAAAAAGACCCUGCUGCAGACGAUGGUGGAGACGGUGACUACGAAGAAGCUGAUUCAGAACAAUACAAGCGGUUCUCUUCCGCACGAAAAACCGUCAUUGUUUGCGUUCUUUCAUACUGUGCUUUCCUUGCUCCGAUCUCAUCAACAGCAAUCCUGGCCGCGGUCCCGGAGAUAUCAAAGACAUAUCAUACAACUGGGGAUAUAAUCAAUGCUAGCAAUGCACUCUACUUAACGUCAAUGGGAGUUGCGUCUCUUGUCUGGGGUCCCCUUAGCCAGGUUUGGGGUCGUCGUCCUGUUUUUGUUUCGAGCGGCGUUCUCUUUUUCCUUUUUACCAUUGCCACGGCUCUGUCCCCUAACCUUCCUGCCUACUUCGUCUUUCGUAUCCUCACUGCCUUCCAAGGGACGUCUUUCCUUGUCGUCGGCAGCUCGGCCAUUGGAGAUGUAUAUGAACCUCGCAGCCGAGCAUCGGCAAUGGUGUGGCUCCUCUCAGGGAGUAUGACUGGACCUGCAGCUGGCCCUUUUCUCGGAGGUGUCAUAGUUACCUUCCGACCAUGGAGGGUGAUAUUUUGGCUCCUCUCCGCGAUGAGCGGAUUUGCUGCCCUGUUGCUCAUUUUUUUCUUCCCCGAGACGAUACACUCUAAAACCAGUGGUGACCUGGCUGGGAAGAGUUUUCCCCAGAAGAGCAAGCUACUUUGGCAAUGCAUCUCGCCCAUUCGUGUAAUAGGCUUGACCUUCUCAUACCCUAACAUUUUCAUUACCGGCCUAGCCGCGGGCGCCCUAGUCUGGAACCAAUACGCCCUCUUGACCCCUAUCCGUUACAUCCUUAACCCUCGUUUUCACCUGAACAGCCCUAUUCAAUGUGGCCUCUUUUAUCUUGCUCCAGGUGCUGGCUACCUGGCUGGCACCUUCGUUGGCGGCCGCUGGGCCGAUUACUUUGUUCGGAAGUACAUCAAACGCCGGAACGGUCUCCGAAUUCCAGAGGACCGACUUCGCUCUUGCCUAGCAUUUAUCUGCAUUAUCGCUCCCGGCUGCAUUCUCAUAUACGGAUGGACGCUCGACCAGGAAGUUGGUGGAAUUCCCGUCCCCGUUAUCGCAAUGUUCCUGCAGGGAAUCGCUCAAUUGUUCUGCUUCCCAAGCAUCAAUACAUACUGUCUUGACGUGAUGCAUGAUCAGGGCCGUAGUGCCGAGGUCAUUGCCGGCAACUAUCUUUUCCGAUAUGUUUUUGCGGCACUAGGCACAGGUGUCGUCUUACCAGCUACAAAAGCAAUGGGCGUAGGCUGGUUUAAUACAGUCUCAGCCUUGUUCCUGGUCGUUGCUGGUGCUGCAGUAUGGCUGACCGCUGAGUAUGGUCCUCAGUGGCGAGAAACCAUCGAUUCGAAGCAUGAGCAGAAACAAGCUCAAAAAAAAAGGACCGUCUUGUGA